GAAGAGAGUGUAACGAGGAACACCUGCCUGCGUCCAGGCUCUCAAUCUCAAUCAAAUGGACAAUGUUUAAUAAGUUUCCUGUUUAACAAAAUUAUUCUAAAAUGGAUUGGGUCAUAUCAGAUGAAUUGUCUUUAACUGUGGGUACAGUAGUAGGCUGGAUUAGUGCUGGUGCUAUGAUAAUAGGGGGUGUCAUCCCUUAUAUACCACAAUAUAGACAAAUAAGGAAAACCAAGGAUGCAGAAGGAUUCUCUUUAUUAGUAUGUCUCGCUUUAUUGGUAGCUAACACUUUAAGGAUAAUGUUUUGGUUUGGAAGACACUUUGAAUAUCCACUAUUAGUUCAAAGUGUAAUAAUGAAUAUAACUAUGUUUAUGAUGAUCCACUUGUGUGUUAGUGUAAGAAAUAAGAAUCAGCUAGUUCAGGCGAGACAAAGAAUUUUUACAGCAAAACCUCAAGAAGUUAAGAGAUUACUAAAUUCAAAGCCUCCCCGUUCUUCCCGCAGUAUUAGUGAUUUCAACGCUAAAUACUUUUGGAAUUGGACAGAUUUCCAAUCGUACCUGGAUUGCGUUCUAAUAUUCACGAUAGCUGCUUCCUUGUUGAUGUACAUUUUCAUAGAUUAUGUGAUUUUCGUUGAAACUGUUGGUUUUUUGGCUUUGUCCACUGAGGCUAUGUUAGGAACGCCUCAAUUGGUGAAGAAUUAUAGGAAUAAAUCCACUGAAGGGAUGAGCCUUAUGAUGGUGGUGAUGUGGACUUGCGGUGACAUUUUUAAAACUACAUAUUUCCUAGUUCGAGAUGCACCAGUGCAAUUUUGGGUGUGCGGUUCGGUUCAAGUGACAGUAGACCUUUUAAUAUUGCUCCAAGUGUUCAUUUUUAAAGGGCAAUCGACACCCGCCCGGGUUACAAGGGGGAAUCCCCAUCGGGUGGAUUGAGUAGUUAUCAUUUGGACAGAGGACGAAAAAAAUCACAGAGAAGCAAACAAUUCCGAGGCGUCGUCUGACUUGAAAGAAAACAAAGUGGAUAUCGAAUCAUUAGUUAAAAAUGGUAAUUCUGACACUGUCUUUGAAUAUGGUGAUUCCUUUAAAAACAGCGAUUCUAGCGUUAAUUCAAUUAGUAAUAAAACAAAUAAAACUGUAAAUUGUAUCACUAGCGUCGAGAUACAUAAAGAAAACUGUUGUAUAGUAACUAGCAAGGCUGUUAGUAAAGAUAGUAUUGUAGAGACUGUUAAUAAUAGAGAGAGACUCGCAGUGAAUGGUGUUACCAAAAAAAGACCUUCUCAGCAGGUUUCUUACAAGGAACGUGCUAAGAAUAAAGUCAAUAAGCUUAUUCAUAGACAUACGUUAUGACAUUUGCUUUUAGCAGCUUCCAUACCAGAUUUAUUAACUUUAGUGCUUCCUUUUUUGAUGUAAGCUCUUCCCUUUGAAAGUAUUUUUCCUUUACAAGGUCUAGUUGAGCAGUCUCCAUAGGUACGAGUUUUAUGGGGGCAUUUUUACAUGAUUAGGAAUGUUAAAUAAUAUAAUUUCUUCCAAUCAUAAUUAGGUUUAUAUUUUAUAUCUAGAAAAAGAUGUAGACUUGGUUUAUUUUUAGUAUAGUAUAAAUACAAUUUCUUCCAAACUUCUUUACAAGUUAUAAAUAUAAAUUUACAAAAAAAGUAUAGUAGCAAUCUGAAUUUUUAAGAUUACUUUUUUCAAUACUUAUUUUUUCUUGGAACCAAUUUACUCUUCUUUGCUAUGGCUGUUACUCCCUUUUGAACAUCAUACUCUGUCCUAAAAUAAAAGUUAGAAUUCGUAUAAAAUAACAAUUCGAACAAAGACAGUUAUUUUUACUUCAACGAAUUCAGCUGCACGUUUCCUUUGGUUUCAAGUUAUUAUUUCUUCCUGUUCUUUUUUAUUUUUACUUUAGCUCGUUCAUCAUAAUUAAAUGUAUUGGUCCCUUGUGACAUUUGCAUUUUGAACUGUAAACAUAAAAUAAGUGUCCAAGUGUCCAGUCUAGUUGACAUACAAAUAAAAAAAAAUUUCAUUAGGGUGCGCUUAGUAAAAUAUACAAACUUCUAUAUUUCUGGGCAACUAUUGCACUUUUCUACCUAUUUUCAUAUAAAAUUAUUAAUCAGAAAAGUGUCCCAUCAUAUUUAAAAUCGUGAUUUAGUGUUUUUCUCAAAAGUAUUUGCCUGGAAGCUUUCAUAUAACUUUCAAUACAUUGCUUUAGUUGGCUGGAAAUAUAAGGAAUUCUUUGUUAUUUAACUCAAAGGUACAAUUUUAAUUUUCUGGCUACAAUUCUUGUAAUCGUAAAAAUUAGUAAACUUAUAACUUGUACUGAGAUCUGUGAGGUUAAUAAUUGUUAACCCAGAACUGGAAAAACAUCUAAUGCUAAUUAUUAUUACAGAAAAAAUUAUAAUUUCAUAAUUACGUUUACUUCAUGAAAUAAAGAGGAAUUAACUCGUGAUAUAAUCUAUUGUUAAUAUACUCAAUGUUUUUUUUCCUUUUUUUUUUUAAUUGUAUAUAGAAGUCAUUAAAAUAAACAACUUUUUCAAAAAAAACUCAAAAAUUUGAUGUGUCCAACACAAGACUUUCCUGUCUAGGUAUUACAGACUUUUUCUGGUUAUUUUGUACAACCUAUUGUAUCACCUAUGUAAAUGUUUAGAGGAUGAACUAAAUGCAUACAUUUUCCACACAUAUCUUACUCGAAACAUUUUUUGAUAUAUAUUCAUCCAACGAAAGUUCUGAAAAAUCAAAAUUUUACAUCUUUUUUCAAUUUUUUUUUCAUUACGGUACAUUUUAGAAAAAUAAUGUAUAGAAUAAAAAUUAUAAAGAAUGAUAUUGAAAACAAUUUUUAUUUGAAACAUUUUCUUAAAAAUUCGAACUUUGCAAUUUUUGUCAAAUUUCUCGAAUACAGACAAGUUUGGAAAAAUGUGGAGAAUAACAUUACAAGUAAAUUCCAUAAAAUAGAAAAACGGCCCUUGAUAAAGUACCCUCCAAAUGUUUUGACUAUGCCCAAAAUUUAAUCAAUUCGCUGCAUGACGGAUUGAACCUAAAUUAAAAAUUGAAGACCUUGGUGGAACAACGGGAUAUGCCACCAAAAGUUAGUUUUGAAAUAUUUGAGAUUGAAAUAUUUAAUCAAAUCCUGAAAUCACAUUUACACACUAAAAAAUAAACAAAGGUCAAGAAAUUCAACAAAGGCUUUUAUUAUUCAAAACAUAAGGAAAAAAUAGCAAGUUAUUUAAAUUGUCAAAAAUAUUAACAUUUUUUUGAAAAAUGUGUGACUUGUCCCCCUUUUGCCUACAGUUAUAAAUUACUUUUUUUUGGUUUAAGAACAGAAAGGGUUGUCCUCUUAGAAACCAAUAAUACUUGUGCAACUUUCCACGAACGCCUACACUGCUUUGACUACAUCUUAACACUGAUUUCUGCUAGUUCAAAAGGAAAUAUAAAAAUAAUACCAAAAAACAAAAUAAUAUAACAUUACGCUAAAUCUAAACAAGGAAAUAAGUUAAGGGACUUUAUCGCUUACUGUAAUAAUAAACAAAAAAAUAAGAGUAUUAAAAACCUAAUAUAUCCAUUUGGUUCAAUGAUGGGAUUUUAAAGACAGUCUUCACUUAACUUAAAUUAUCACUGACAUUAUCUACAUCUUCUGUUUCAAUGUCGUUUAUGUUUUGGUUUUCAGUAUCCAAAUUGCACGCUCCGAUUUCUCGAUAUAAGUGCAUGUUCACUGGAUGUAUAUAUCUUAAGAGCUGGGCGAUAUUCGAAAAAAAAAUUUUUGUUCAAAGGAAUGAGAUUGUCGUACUUUUGUUUUAGAUCCCUUAAUGUCAAUGAAACUGCGUUUCGAAUACCUCUUUACCUUAUGGUAACUUUUAAAUGGCUCAUUUAAUCUGUGUUUUACAAGUAAUUUUGGCUCUCCUUUACUAAAUUUAAAACUCAUAAUCUAACUAAAGUUGAGCUUCUCUUUUUCAUCUGUCAAGUUCUUUUUUACUAUCUGAUUCUGUAGAUCUUUAAAACAUAGAAUAUCUUUUCGCUCUAAUACAUUUACAAUGAAAGGCUUUGUUCGUUUAGAUUUUCGUACUGCUUCAUACCAAUCAUUUGGCUCAUAAACCUGCUUCAUUCCUUUCUUGUAUUUCUCUAUUAUUGAGAAAUCACGAUCGGAGGGUAAGUGCAUAUGACCAACAACUAAGGAUCUGUGUUCUACUAAUUGGAAAAACUUUUCAUUGACUAACUGCUAAUAGACCAAUUUUUGUUUUAAUCAUUGCAGUUGUCAGUAUAAACUUCUAGUUUUUUGUUUUCUCUUGAGUGGAUUUUGUUUAAAAUGUCUGUAUAAUGUGCUGGCUAUCUCAUCACUAUUUCUGUUGGCUAAGCUUUCAGUCUACAUGUACAUAUAUCCUUGACCAGUUAUACAAUCAUGUAGGCCUAAGUUAUAGACCCUUAAAUAAAAUGCAGGCCCAACUGUCAAACUUGGGAUGGGACUGGUAAGGCUUGUUGCAAAUCAAACACAAGUAUUAAAGCAUUUGCUAAGAAUGCGUUCCUGUUUUGGGCAGUGAAGCCGUCAGAAUAAAUUAUAAUUGGUGUUCUUAGUAGGGGAAGAAAGUAUUAAUUGUGCUAAGUAUUCUACUAAAAAAGAGGCGUAUGUUGAAGCUAGACCAUCAGCAUUGCUUUCAUUAUACCAGUAACAUGUGACUUCUUUUAUGGCAAGGUUAUAAAUGGUAAAGUUAUGACAGCAGAGUUUUGUUUUGUAUUUUCACUGCCUGAACAUUCAUUGUGAUGGUAUGACAUUUUCCUUGUAGCGCCGUCUCUUUAUCAGUUUCCUUCGAUUGUCUGGCUUGAUCUAUUCUGGAAAAUGAGCUUUUCAUAGUUUUAUUUGUCUUCACAUCCGUUUUUGUACAUAAAACACAGAUCACAUUGAUCUUUACGCAGUGUGAAUAUUGAUAAAUUCAUCCCACCUGCCAUAUUUUUCAUCAAACGAAAAGCAAGAACAUUCUUGUUUUUUUUUCUCACGUUCAGAUUGAUACUCUUUAUACAAAUCAAUCCAAGACUAAAAGCAUUGCUCUAAGAAUAGUCGGUUAGUAUCCUUACGGCAAUAGUGAGAUUAAAGUUUGUUCAAUUUCGUCAAAAAUUGCCUCAAAAACUCAUUUCCUGCGUGAAUGUAUCCAGACGUUUAUUACGUGAUUCAACAUCUCUUUCUUGACUUUUGGUCAUACCAUUCCCAGCUUGCAGUGCAGUCCAUUCUCCUAAAUAUGGAGUAUUCAGGAAUUCGGGUCGGUGGUGUAGCGGUCUAACGGGCUUAUAUUCAUUUAUAAGCAAGUUUAUGUGUCAGAGACUGCUGGGCUUCGAAUUCCAGACCAGACCAUGUAGAUUUUUAAUUAAAUUGCAUGGUUCGGUAUAGCAUUUGAUGUGUGCCGUAUUAAUAGAAAUUCAAUUUCUGUUGAUAUGACAUGCAGAUUAUAAAAAAUCGCCAUACAUUACCGUGUCGAUGAUGGUGGGUGAGGUUUUCCUCACCUGUAAGUCAAAUGGCACCAUCAAUCAUCUUUAAGUCGCCCCGGAGCGCCACGGAAAGUAAUAAUAAUAAUAGCCGUCCCUUUCCCCGCACAAGCUCAGCUUUUGGGGUUAAAAUUCACUCGCAAGGGGGUGAAUUAGGGAGAGUAUUAUUAUUAUUAUAUAUUUUCUUGCUAACAGGUACAUGUUCAUUUCCUACUAUAAGAUUAUAUUUUAAGGUCACAAAUCGUCGAGAUUCUUCAUUUUUUGUUUUUCAUGGUGUUUCGCAUGUUUUAACCAUAGCUGCAACAUAUAUUUUUCUAUUCCCAGUUCAUAUCCGACCAGAACUUUUUAAAAAUUUCGAAUCUUUCAUUUUCUAAAACUUCUUUUAGAUGUUUUUUUUUUACUUUACCCUUACAGCAACAUCGUUGUUUAAUUUUUUGCCUCUAUAUCUGGUGCAAUGAAAUGUGUUUUUUUGGUUUCUGGGUUUUCUAAAACCCAAAUACUCUAUCCCAGACAUUCUUAUUUUUUUAUUUAAGUUCCUUUUAUUUACUCCAAUUUUUUUCUUGAAUUUUCAACUAUAAUUUAUUCUAUUAUUUCUAAAUUAUGGCCUGCAUCAUUUAUUCUUAUUUCCUCAUUAUUGCUAGGUUCUUCUUGAUCUGUCUCUUGUUGGUUAUUUAAAACCAUUUCUUCCUCGCUUAUAUUCAAAUCUUUGUCCUUGUCAGCAUCAUUUAUUUUUAUUUCCUCAUUGCUAGAUCCUUCUUGAUCUUUCUCUUUAGCGUCAUUAUGGUUCUCUUUUUGGUUAUUUAAAACCAUCUCUUCUUCGAUAAUUUCAAAAUCUUUCUCCUCAUUUAUUUUUAUUUCCUCAUUGCGAGAUCCUUCUUGAUAUCUCUCUUUAGCGUCAUUAUGGUUUUCUUGGAGGUUAUUUGAAACCAUCAUUUCUUUGCUUAUUUCAAAAAUUUUUGUCCGCAUCAUUUGUAUUUAUUUCCUCAUUAUUUCUAAAUCUUUCUUGACCUCUAUUUUCAACAUCAUUAGGAUUCUCUUACUGGUUAUUAUGAACCAUUCCUUUCUGUGAAAAAAAAAUCACUUCUUCAAAAAUUAUUUCGACAGUAUUAAUCAUCUCAGACAAAUCUUCAGGACUUAACAUUUCAUGAAAAAUAUAAUUUUUUUCAAAAAAAUUAUUACACUUUUUUUAGUUAUACACACCAGCAAAAUUUUCUUUGUUUUCUUGUUGUUCGUGUUGAUCUAUACCCAUUUUUAUUAAUUUUUGCCCUCUGGAACACUUUGGAAACUUUCUAUACAUUGUCGUCACAGGACCUCGUAACUCCUAACUGUAAAUAAAAAGAUAAUAUUGGCUAAUUGAAACAUACAUUUUUGACGAUAAUAAACACAAAUCAGAAAAAUAACACAAUUAUUGUAAUUAUACAGCUAAGAAUCUUUUCUUUCUUACUUUGUAUAUGAAGACACAACAGAGCACCACCAACUUAGCAAGCUGGACAGUUACGAGGUAUUGAGGUUAGAAUAACUCUUUUAACAUUGACGAGGUACUGUUUUCUAUAAAUAGCGGGGAAUGGGAGUGAGGGAGUGUCAAAAAUGACUGUUUCCUCGCUAUACUUACGCGGGUUUCGGAUUAACAAAAUUAUGCAAAUUAGUCAUUGACAGCCAGUUCCAAUAAGGCUCUUCCCAAGAAAUUAGGUAAAAUUGCCCUAAUGGUCAGAUUUAUAUUAAAAUAACAUUAGGGUAGGUACUAAAUUUUCUGUGUGAAGUGUAAUAUAAAAUUAUUAUUAAUGAAGAAGUUUAAUUCUGCUCUCAAUUAUACAAAAGAUUCUCCAUUAUUUUUUAAUUAAAAAGUUUUACAUUAUUUUUCAUUUCAUUUAACCAGUUGAUAUUUCCCCAAAGAACAGGUCAAACUUUCGGGUACUUACCUGGAAAUACUCAUAAAAUUUUUAAUCCGAAAACCGCGUAAGUAUAGCGAACAGACUGUAGAUGGAGGCACAAUGUCUUUAACUGCAUUAAACGUAUUUUGACCAAAAAUGUUAGUUACGAGGUCCUGCGUUGAUGCCCUCGAUAUAUUCCUUAAAAUAGAAAAACGGAUCCUAUAAAGUACUCCCCAAAAUUUAAUCAGUUCACCGUACGAUGGAAUAAAGCUUAGAUUUAAAAUUUGGAGUUUUUCUCUUGAUCCGUUUUUAAAUUAUCUUUAAAAUUUGCACUUUUUAUCAAAUAUCUCGAAUACAGUCCAUUUUAGAGAAAUUAUGUAUAAGCAAGAAUUAUAGAGAAUGAUAUCACAAACAACUUUUAUUUGAUCAAUUUUAUUAAAAAUUUGAAUUUUUUACUUUUUGUCAAAUAUGUCGAAUACAGAGCAUUUUAGGAAAAUUUUGUAUGGAACAUAAAUUAUAGAGAAUAUUACAAGCAACUUUUAUUUGACGAAUUUUUUUGUCCAAUAACAGAUAUAUUCCAUAAACUAGAAAAACGGCCUUUGUAAAGUACCCCCAAAUGUUUCAACUGUGCCCAAAAUUUAAUCAUUUUAUAAGAAAACCCGAAAAACAAACAUAGACUUAUUAAUUCGUUUAAUUUUUCAUACACAAGUUCAGGUCCAGAUUUAGAUUUAUUAAUUCUUUUACUUUCCUAUUUUUUUAUAUUUUUAAAAAAAUUAUUUGAAAAAUGUUUAUUUUAACGACUUCUCUACACUGUUAAAAAAUAUAAACUUAAGAUUCACCCUGUAUACAUUAUAUUCAACUUCAACUCCAAUCAACAUGCAUUUACUGUAGUCACCACCUAUGAUGAAGUUGUGCGGAUCUUGAAAGUCGUAUAUAUUGCAUUUUCGUUAUCACCAACUCGGCCGCUGUGUUAAAAAUAUCAGUUGGUGUGAAUCGCUUGACGGGUAGAUCCGAUAGAAAUGUAAAUAUAUGGCUUUGCUUCAUCGUAGUUGACGCCCACAGUACCUCUUUAAUUUUUUCAUUUUUCUUUGAUGUGUUUUUAUCUUUCGGAUGCCUUGUUUAACUUCUCUUUAUAUUAAAAUGUAUGACUCUUUCUUAUUCCAGUUGUGUGUGAUGUAAAUGUAAUCAUAAUUUAUACUGAUUUAAAAAAGAAUAAUCCAAUUUUACUUCAAUUCUAAUCGAUUUUUUCCAUAAAUGUACCUGAUGUAUUAAAAGAGGUAUUUUUGAAUUAAGAAACUAUAUAGACAAAACUCGACCACAAUGUUAUAAAAAAAGUUCUGCAUUAAAACAGAACAGAAUUACUUAUAAUUUUUAUUACAAUUAGGUAACUACUCUUUAAAAAGAAAAUACUAAUCUUUACUAUAAUAAAAUAUUGUUUACGGUUGAUAGUAACUGAAGUUCAUCAACUUUAUCAUAAACCCGCAUUGUUAUAACAAUCAAGUAUUAAUUGGUUGUGAUUGCAAUAAUAUGUAAGUACUCGUUCUCUGAAUAAGCAAUAUUGAUUUUAAAAACUAUCAUCACUGCUGAGAUCUAUUAAAAAAAAUUGAAAAUGUGUUAGACAAUUAUAGUUGUUGUAUUGCAGUAUUUAUUUCAAAUCAAAAAAAAGACUACUAAACUGAUAGAAAAUAUAAUAUUUGGGUUUUUAAGAACCUGUUUUUAUUUAUUUUUUUAUUAACUCACAAUUUUUAUUCCGAAAAUUUUGCAUAGUAAAUAGGAAGUCCCAUAAAGGGUGAUUCGUAAGGAAUGAAUUCGGCUAAAACUAACUUUUUUUUAUAAGUUAAUAACAAUUUGCAAAUCAUUGUUAAUUAAAUCCUACCUUCCUGCAGGUUUAGUCUUAUUUUUGAAGAAAAAUUAAUAGUAAAAAUAUUUUUAAAUUUUGAAUUUUAACAAUAUUGUUAUUUAUAUUUCUGUUACAUUCAUUGCUGAAUUUGAGUAUUUGUUUAAUUUUAAUCAAAACUUUCUGUUUACUGACGCGCAUUUCCAAAUCAAAUUAAAUAAUAUAAAUAACCGGUGAUCCAAAGUAUAUAUCAUCAAUCAGUUUAAACAGAGAGUGUAUAUUCUAAAUAAAAAAAUAUAAAGAUGCAGUUUUCACCAAUCGUUCUAGUUGACACUCAAUUUCCCUUGAGGUGCUUUUUAAAAUAUUUAUUUUUAAUGUUUUUGAGUAAAAAAAUUGCUUCCUUCUUAAUAUGAUCUAUAUUUAAUAAUUAUUUAUGUAUCAAGGGCGUAAACAGGCAUUUAUGGACCGCAAAUACAUACAAAAUGUUAUGCAUGACCCUUUUAAUGAUAAUUUAUUAAUAAAUAUACAGGAUGUAGUGCGUAAUUAUUCAAUAUUUCAAUUUGUGUUAUACACGUAAAAAAGUUUAAAAAAAAGAUAUAUGGAUUUGAAUGAUACAUAUUUUAAAAAUAUUUUUGAAUGUACAGGGUGUUGCGUUUUUGCCUGGCAAAUAAAAAUGUAUGUUUUUUUAAAUAGAAUGCCUGUAUUUUAUUUUAUUUUUAGAAUGGUUUGGUAAUACUGUAUUUAAUCCUAAAAUGCCAAGCAAUUUUUUUUUUUUUUAAAUUAGAGAAUAAUGUGGGGAUUAUAAUUUAGGUAGGUUUACAUUGAUUUCCAAAUUGUUUAAUGUACAGACUCAUGAGCUACUAAGCUAACAAAUAGUGGUUAUAGAACUGGUUUAUUUUAUACAGAGGGUUGUAAAACAUGUCUUAAAUAUGGCUAAAUUUAAGUUCAAUUUACUCAAUUUUUUCAAAUGCAACACCCUGUAUAUUAUUUUAGCAUAAAACUCCUUAUAAAUUUCCCUAUCCAACGAUACCAAUAUUUUAGUCAACACAUAUACAGGGUGUCCCAUCAGUGCGUAAUUGAUCGAUAGCUGUUUUAUUAUUGGAAAUAGGAAAAAAAAUAAUAUAAAAGUUGUAUGACCAUGUUUAAUAAAUAUUCUUAAAUAAACAGGGUGGUCCAUAAACGAGGGGCUCACCAAAUUUAUACAUUUUUAAAGCCAAACACCCUGUAGGUAGUUAUACAUAUUUGAUUAUUUGAUUGUUUUAACAUCGUCAAAUAAUUUUAAUAGACUUCAUUUAUUUGCCAUCUUGUAUAUAGGGUAUGUUAAAAUGCGGGAUAACAAUUUUUUAAUGAAAUACCCUAUAUGUUAUACCAGUGGUCGGCAAACUCAUUAGUCAACAGAUCCAAAUAGCAACAGUAAAACGACUGAAAUUUCUUUUAAGAGCCACAUUUUUUAAACUUAAUCCAUAUAAGUAAGUAUAUUGUUGUUAACUUAAUAAAAUUAGGGUACUCCUAUACGGACCUUUACUAAAAACGCCCUCAAUCUGAUUGAGGUCGACCCUUUCCAACUCUCAUCCAUACUUCUCUUGUAAACUUCUUUCAUCUAUUUCCUAUCGUCAUCCUCUUUAUAAUAAUAAAUAGUUUAUUAUUUAUUCGUAGAUACAUGAAUAAGGAGACAGUAUCAGUUAAAUAUUUAACAAAUUAUUAAAUUUACUUAUAUACGACUACACAGUAGAAGGAAAUACACAGAGUAAGAGUAAAUUAUUAGAGUAAGAAGAGUACCUAAAAUUGAAAGAAAUACCGAAAUACAAUGAGUAAGAAUGAAGUUGAAAGAAAUACAUUGAGUAAGAUUGAAGUUAAAAGAAAUGUUCAGAUUAAGAAAAAUUAGAACAAAAGAUUAAAAAAAUUGUAUUCAUUAAUUAAUUAUAAAUGAUUUUAAUUUUAUUGCACCACUUUAGAACUGGUAUAAUUGCCAAAUUUUGUUUUCGUUUGUUGAUGCUAGUAAGGAAUCCAAAUUGUUUGAAUGACUCCGUCUUUCAGUAACUAACGAAGUUCUUAAGGUCUCAUGAUGAGUCAGAUAAAUGAAAUAAUCCAUAAUUAUUUUUGCACCCCUACAUUCUUCAUCCUCUUUUUACAUAUUAGGGAAAAAUUAUACAAGCCAUAGGCUGUAGGCACAAGGAGUGAACAUCUAUCUCUAUAUUUUGUAUACAACGACUAUCACCUCUCCUGUGACCUGCGAGCGUGCGAGCUCAAAGAAAGUUCCAAUUUAGUAAUGCAUGAACUGUGGUUCUAUCAUUAAAUCAAUACAAUAUUUACGUAAUUCUUUGAUUCUAGAAUUAUGAAUUAUAUAUGCAAAUGAAAAAAUAACUUGAUUUUGAAUUAAAUCUUAAUAUUUUUGACCAUUGAGUUUACCAUCAAUGAAAAAGGUCCGAUAAUGUGAUCCCAUAAAAUACCAGUGGAAACAUUUAAUUUCUUAGGAGAUUGUAUGCAUGUCAGAGGAAUACUUAAAUGUUUAUUUUCUCGUGCACAAUGUCUCUGGAUUGUUAGUUGUGCAAUGAAAAAAGUUGACUUGUCGGUAAAUAAACAUAUAUUUUAAAAAGUUUUUAUUUUGACUUUGCCGAUUCUUCAUAAUUUCACAAAACUAUAAAAAAGUAGAAAAAAAAAUAAAAAGUAUAUAUAAAUUCAUAUAAAUUCGUAUAAAUUCGUAUAAAUUCGUAUAAAUUCAUAUAAAUUCAUACGAAUUCAUAGAAAUUCAUAUGAAUUCAAAUGAAUUCUUAUAAAUUCAAAUGAGUUAAAAUAAAUUAUUUAUUUCCGAGCGAAUUCAUCUAAGAAGUUUCACUUCUAUUGUAGAUUCAAUAACACACUCCUUUUUAACUAUCACAAAUUUCACCCACCUUUUAAAACUGUUUUCCGUACUGAUUUUUUUUUUUAAUUUAAGUCAAAAAUAGAAGCAUGAAGCUAAUAUUUUACUCAAAAACGGAACCUUUAAAAAAGUGUUUACCAAGAUGGAAUAAUACUUGAAUUAUUAUUAUAAUAAAUUGAUGGAAACCGCAUAUUUACAUGUUGGUAACUUUAUUCUCUGUGAAAUUGGUCCAAUAUCUUUUGGACACGUGCAGUUAAAAACUAGGUAGCUAUAUUAUUUUACAUGUUGUUGAAAUUAUACUUACAUGUUCAAUAUAGGCAUUUUCUAACAUUCCUGAAAAUCACGUACUGUUGAUAGAUCAUGUGACCAACAAAUGGCCCAAUGAUGUAAUCCUAAAUGUUCAUUGAUGGAAUUUCUUAAGAACGUUUGACAUUUUACAAUUUUAAAAUUUAAAACAAAAAAACUAAUUAAUAUAUUCGAAAUCUUUCGGUUUUACUGGAAUUGCAAUUAAGUUUGAUUGUUUAAAUAUAUCACUCUGUAUACUUUAAUUUUUUGGAAUCUACGGGUCAAAUUACAUGACAGUUUGUCUUUUUUUUGUUAAUAUAGAAAGCCAUCAACUGAAAAUAAUCUAAAUGGUGCAUGGUUUAAAAGAUUGUUAUAUGUAAUUUGAACCAUAGAUUCCAAAAAACAAAAAUAUAGCAUUAGCUAUUUAAAAAAUAAAACUUAAUGGCAUUUCUAGUAAAACAGAAAGUCUGCAAUUUUGUUUAGGCAUAAUUGAUAAUUCGAAAUUAUGUCUGGAAUGUUUAUCCCAAAUUUGAUUCAAAUGGCUUCAUAAAUGAGAGAUAUCGACAACAAACCAAAUUUUUCAUCCCCGUCUUAAUAAUUUAGGGUUAUGUUAAGUGGGUCAAUUAACUUGAAAAGCAGAUGGAUUUGGUGACAACCAUCCGAGAAUUAAAUGUUAGAAUCCGAUGUAUGACUCAUCUAAAAAUUGUUGAUGGAUAAAAGAACGGUUUUGAUGAAUAUUAGAAAAUGGCUAAUGAUGCGAAAAAAUGGCGUCAAUUUUUUUAAAUAAUUUAUUAAUACUUGUUGAGGAUAUUGUAAAGAUGUAAAUAAUACAAAUGCUUUAUUAUUGUUUACAAUAUAUCUCCUAAUAUUAUAAAAGACAGGAAUUCUCAUAAAAAUGUGCCAUCAUUUAAAUACAUUAUUAUUUUUUAAUUACCUUUCACAUUUCGUUUUGCUUUAUUUUGUUUGUAUAUAUUUUAGAUAUAGAUUGGUUUAUUUUUGUUAAAUAUUUAUUAAAAAUGUUAAGGUAUAAAUAAAAGUAAAAUAUUUU